AUGGGCCUUUUGAGCCAACUUCGAUUAUUAUUAUGGAAGAAUAUAUUACAACAAAUACGUUCACCAUGGUUUGCAUUAUUUGAAUUAGUUGUCCCUCUUAUUUUAAUUGGAGCAAGUUUCGGAUUAUUGAUUGGAGUAAGAUUAUUGUUUUUUUUCUCAAAAAAAACAUUGAAUUUUAGUUUUCUGGACAAUUCGAAACAAGCUAUGAUAAUCGUGAAUAUUCGCCUUGGCCUGUAUCUGGUAGUGCUUAUGAUCUUCUUAUUCCAACAAAUUUGAACAAAUCAACAAGUGCCAUAAUUGAACCAUAUUUUUUAUCAGGAGUCAAUCCUGAUUGUCAAUUUCUACAAAUUCAAAACACAUCAACUGGAUAUAAAUUGAAUGUUGAUUUAGCAUAUACUCCAAAAAAUGCUCAAACAACAGAUAAAAUUAUGAAUAUUAUCAAAAAACGAUAUUCCAUCAAUAAUAUUUUAGGAUUAAUUGAAAAGAUUAGUCAUAUGAAUGUAACACUUGGAAAUGGAACAAUUCCAACUUUUGAUACAAAUAUGACUGUUAUUGGAUUUGAUACUGAAACUGAUUUGGUAAACUAUAUGUCGUCACAACUUCAAAAUCCAUGUGGCAAUCCAUUAUUGGCUGGAAUUGUUUUUGAUAAGCAAAGUAUUGUUGACAAUUUGAUGACAUCAAAAGACUAUAAGUACACAAUCAGGUUAUCAAACACACAUAGAAGAGCCAAAAAUGUAUGAAAAAAUAUUGUGUGAAAAAAAACAAAGUUGAUUCAUUGCAGGUAUUUGGAAAUGAUAAUUAUCCUUGGGAUACAAGUGUUGAAUUUUCAAUUCAAUAUGUAAGUGGACCAAUAAAUGCAGAUGAUAAUGAUGGUGGUUCACCUGGUUAUUGGCAAGAAGGAUUUAUGACUAUUCAGAAAGCAAUUGAUGUUGCUAUUGAAGAAAUUAUCACCGGAACACCUCAACUUGAAAAUUUAUACUUUCUCGAUUCAAUUUGGGUCAGCAGAUUCCCAUUUCCUGCGUAUUCUACGAAAAUUAUCGAAGUUGGAGCAUUUUUCAUGCCAGUUAUUAUAAUUUUCAGUUUUAUGACAAGUGUUAUUUAUAUUGUUAGAACUGUUGUUGUUGAAAAGGAAGAUCGAUUGAAAGAAUAUAUGAGAGUUAUGGGAUUGUCACAAUUCAUCAAUUGGAUUUCUCAUUUCAUUGUUAAUUAUGCUAAAAUCAUGUUCUCCGUCAUAGUUUUGACAAUUCUUCUACAUUUUGUUGCAUUACAGUAAGUUCAAUUAUUUCCAAAGUUCAAACCUAGAAUUAUUUUUGAUUUUCAGAUCAGAUAUGACAGUUAUGUUUGUUUUUUUCAUGGCUUAUGCAUUUAAUAUUGUUUAUUUCGCAUUUAUGAUUUCAACAUUCAUGAAUUCUGCAACAUCUGCAACAAUGUUAGCUGUUGUUUUUUGGAUGUUAUUAUAUUUUUGGUUUGCUUUUUUCACGAGUAAUGAUGAUGGAACACCAUAUUCCCUUGGAGUUCGAUUAUUAAAUUGCUUAAAUCCAGAUAUUGCCUUGAGUUAUGGAAUUCAAUUAUUAUCUGCAUAUGAAACUCAAGCUGGUGGAUUAAAAUGGAAUCUUAUAUUUACAGCUCCAAGUCCAGAUAAUGACUUUACUUUUGCACAUGCUUUAAUUGCAUUAAUUGUUGAUGGAAUAAUUAUGGUUAUUGCAACAUGGUAUAUUGAAGCUGUUAUUCCUGGUGGUGAAGGAGUUCCACAAAAACCCUGGUUUUUCAUUCUUCCUUCAUAUUGGUUCCCAUUUGCUGGUUCGAAUAAAAGAAAUUAUGAAGAUCUUGAUGAAAAUGUGAUUUAUGAUAGUCAUGUCAAACUAGAAAAUGAACCAUCUGGAAAGGUAUAAAUUUUAUUAUAAAGUAAAAUUCUGAAUUGUUUUUUUUCAGCCAACAAUUAGUGUUGUGAAUUUGACAAAAACUUAUGGAACAUCAUUUUUCAAGAAACUAUUUGAUUGCAAAUUUGGAAAAACUGGAGAGAAAAAAGCAGUUCAAAAAUUGAAUAUGAAUAUUUAUCCAUCUCAAUGUACAGUACUACUUGGUCAUAAUGGAGCUGGUAAAAGUACAACAUUUAGUAUGUUAACUGGAGUUGCUGCACCAUCAAGUGGAACUGCAAUUGUAAAUGAUUAUGAUAUUCGAACAAGUCUUCCAAAAAUAAGAAAACAAAUGGGAUUAUGUCCACAGUAUAAUACACUUUUUGGAUUUAUGACUGUUAUGGAACAUUUGGAAUUUUUCGCAAAAUUGAAAGAGAGAAAAUGGGAUAAAAAUGAAGCACUGGAAAUAUUGACAAGACUUCGAAUUGAAUUCAAGGCAAAUUCAUUAUCAUCAACACUUUCUGGUGGACAAAAACGAAAAUUAUCUUUGGCAAUUGCAUUAAUUGGUGGAUCAGAAAUUGUGAUGUUAGAUGAACCAACUUCAGGAAUGGAUCCAGGUGCAAGACAUGAAACCUGGACACUUAUUCAAAGAGAAAAAGAAAGAAGAACUAUUCUAUUAACAACUCAUUUUAUGGAAGAAGCUGAUUUACUUGGAGAUAGAAUUGUUAUAAUGGCUCAUGGACAAUUAGAAUGUUGUGGAUCACCAAUGUUUUUGAAAAAACAAUAUGGAGAUGGUUAUCAUUUAACAAUUGUUUAUGAAUCUUCUGAAAAUGCUGAUGUUGCAAAAACAACUAGCAUCAUUUCACAAUAUAUUCCAAAUAUCGAAGUUUAUAGUUUCAUUGGACAAGAAGCUACAUAUUUAUUGUCAUCUGAUUAUCGACCUAUUUUCCCAAAACUUUUCAAAGAAUUGGAAAGUAAUCAAAAAGCAAUGGGUGUUACAUCAUUUGGAGUUUCAGUUACAACAAUGGAAGAAGUAUUCUUAAAGUGAGUACAAACAAAUGUUACUCUGAAGAAAAUAAAUUAUUUUAAGGGUUGGAAACAUUGCAGAAGAAAGACAUAACUUUGAGGAAGGAAUACAAGAAGAAAACAACGAAAUGAUUACAAAAGAUGAUCCAGCUCUUCAAAAUCUCAGAGCCAUUCAAAGAAAUACUGGAUUCGUAUUGCAAAUGCAACAUGCAAAAGCAAUGUUUAUCAAAAGAGCUAUAUUCUUUUUCAGAAAAUGGACUCAAUUUAUUCCUCAAUUGAUUUUCCCGGUAUGUUGUAUGAAUUCUAUAUUGUUUGUAAAUUGGUCUAUUUUUCAGAUUGCAUAUCUUUCUUUGAUGGUUUCAGUUUCAAAAAUUGUUCCAAAAGUAAAAGAACAAGAUCCACUUACAAUUUCACUUCAACCGUAUGCAGAUGAAACUGAUCCAAGUUAUGUAAUUGUUGGAAACGGAACAUAUUUCAAUACUCCUUUGUCAAAUUUCGUUACAAAUACCAUAAAUUCACUUGGCUUUUCGAGUAACAAAAUUGUGACUCAAGUUACCAACAAUGUUGUGAAUUAUAUCUAUGAUGUAACAAACGCAGAAGGAUCAAGAGAUGUUGGACUUCAUUAUGGAUUAGCCUUUGUUCCAUAUACAAUUGAGUCGAUUCAAACUAUCAAAGCGUAUUUCAAUAAUUUUGCAAUGUUCACAGCUCCAUUGAGUAUCACAAUGACUGAUUCAAUUGUUUUAUCACGAAAAAUGAAUCAGAACUAUACUUUCACAGCAAUUAAUCAUCCACUCCCACCAACAACAUCGGAUACGUUGAAAACAACACAAGCAGGAACAUUUGCUGCUGGACUAUUGGCAUACGGUUUGAUUGGUUAGUUUAUAAUUACAUAUUUGUCUGUGUCAAAGUAUUCGAAAAUAAUUAUUUUCAGUUAGUUUUGCACUUAUCGUUGCUGGCUACGCGCAAUUUCUCAUAACAGAAAGCAAGAAAAAAUCAAAACAUAUGCAAUUAUUAUCAGGAAUCCGACCAUGGAUGUAUUGGUUGACAGCUUUCAUUUGGGAUGCGAUAUGGUUUAUUCUUCGGGUUAUUUGUUUCGAUGCAAUUUUCUAUAUUUUCAAUAUCGUUGAAUAUACAACUGAUUUUGGAGUUAUGCUAAGUUUAACAUUAGCAAUGAUUUUAUAUGGAUGGACAACAAUUCCGCUAACAUAUUUCUUCCAAUUCUUUUUCUCGUCUGCUCCAAAAGGAUUUAUGAUUAUAAUUAUGUAUCAUAUUUUAACCGGAAUGAUUGGUUCAAUUGCUGUUCCAAUUAUUACACAAACAUCAAGUGCAGAUGCCGGAUAUCAUUGGUCAAUUAUAUUUUCGUUUGUUUUUCCGACUUAUAAUAUUGCACAAAUUGCAACAGUCGUUUAUAAUAAUGAAAAUAUUCGACAAGCUUGUAAAAAGUUGGAUUGUUCCAAUAUCAUUUUCAAACAAGUUACUGCGUGUUGUGGAACUUCCGAUGAGAAAUUAUAUGUUGACAGUGUUUUAUUUGCUGCAAACCGUAAAGGAAUUCUGAUUAUGGUGAUUUUCUUAGCAGUUCAAGGAUUCUUUUAUUGGUUUUUGGUAUUUAUGAUGGAAAUGGAUUGGUUCUCAAAAAUUAUUGAUUUUGUGAAAUGCAAAAAGAAGACAAUUACGGUAAGAAAACGCUCUUUAAUUUAUGAAAACCUAAAUUCAUAAAAAUUCAGGGUCUGUGGGAUAUUGUGGAAGAAGAAAACUCUGUUGAAGAUUCAGAUGUUAUUGCUGAAAAACAAAAAGUUAAAACACUUCUUCAAAAUUCUCAAGACUAUUCACUUAUUUCUGACAAUCUUGUCAAAUGGUAUGGUAAUUUCAAUGCAGUCAAAGGUGUCAAUUUCCAUUUAAAAUCCAAAGAAUGUUUCGGUUUAUUGGGUGUAAAUGGUGCUGGAAAAACAUCAACAUUCCAAAUGUUAACUGGUGAAAAUUCAAUAACAUCGGGAGAUGCAUUUGUAAAUGGGUGGAGUGUUAAGAAUAAUUGGAGAGAAGCUGGACAAAGAGUUGGAUAUUGUCCACAAUAUGAUGCAAUUAUAAAAGAAAUGUCAGCUGAAGAAACAUUAUAUAUGUUUGCUAGAAUUAGAGGAAUUCCAGAAAAUGAGAUUCCAUCAAAAGUUGCUGCUGUGAUUCAUGCAAUUGGUAUUGGAAUAUAUGCAAAAAGACAAAUCAAAUCAUACAGUGGUGGAAAUAAAAGAAGACUGUCAUUAGGUAUUGCAAUUGUUGGAUUACCUGAUGUUCUUUUACUUGAUGAACCAACAAGUGGAGUUGAUCCAAAAGCAAGACGAAUUAUUUGGAAUAUUUUGAAUAGAGUUCGUGAUCUUGGAACAUCACUCGUUUUAACUUCUCAUAGUAUGGAUGAAUGUGAAGCUCUUUGUACUGAACUUGCUAUUAUGGUUUAUGGUAAAUUCCGAUGUUAUGGAAGUUGUCAACAUAUCAAAAGUCGAUACGGAGAAGGGUACACUUUAUUGAUUCGCCUCAAAAAUGCUCAAGAUGCUCAACAAACAAAAACUGCAAUUACUAGAAAUUUUGAAAAAGUAUAUUUGAAAGAGGAACAUGUUCUUCAACUCAAUUAUGAUAUUCCAAGAGAAGGUGUCAAUUGGUCAACACUUUUUGAAAAACUUGAACUGGUAUCAAAAACUUUGAAUUGGGAAGAUUAUUCAUUAUCACAAACAACUUUGGAACAAGUAUUUAUCGAAUUCAGUAGAGAUGCGGGAAGCGAUGGAUUCGCUAAUAAAGCGCUUGAUGAUUCGGAAUAG